AUGAGUAAGAAACAAACGUCGUCGAAAUUAAUCAUUAAUUAUCUUCCUGAAAAUAUUAAAUUAAAUCAAUUAGAAAAUCUUUUCUCAUCGAUUGGACCUUUGAAAUCUUGUCGAUUAGUUGAAAAUGGUGGUUAUGCUUUUGUCGAAUAUUUAAACGGAGAAGAAGAUGCGAAGUUGGCUUUGGACAAAUUCAAUGGAUUAAAAAUUGGAAAUAAAACAAUUCAAAUACAAAAGUCUCGUCGAAAUUGUACAGAAACGAAAAAUUGUAAAUUGUUUGUCAAUGGUUUUCCAAAUGAUUUCAAUGAAAAUGGUUUAAAAGUUUUAUUUGAACGAUUUGGUCAAAUUAUUCAAAUUCGAUUCAUCAAAGACAAAUCUUUCGCUUUUAUUUUAAUGGCAACACAUGAACAAGCAGAGAAUAUUUUAAAAAAUUUGAAUAAUUAUCAAAUAACAUCGAAUCAUACUCUUCAAAUUAAAUUUCACGAGAAAGUUUCACACAAUCAAUUGGAUUUCAAUGAAAAUUCCUUUCUUUUUAUUUCUAAUUUCAAUUCAAAUAUCAAUGAAAAUGAUUUAAGAAAUUUAUUUUCUCCAUUUGGAACAAUUCUAUCUUUGAAAAUUAUCUAUGAUCAAUUAACUGGUCUUUCCAAAGGUUUUGCUUUUCUCUUAAUGGAAAACUAUCAACAAUCGACGGAGAUUAUUCAACAAUUAAAUAAUUCGUUUUUCAAAGAAAGGCAAAUUCAAAUUCGUUUUUCUAAAUCAUCAUUUUAUUAA